AUGUCGACCACGGCGCCGCAACAACGCAUCCUCUCGAACCGCGAAGCGGACACGCUGAUGAAGCAGCAAAAGGCCAAGGCGCUCAAAGAAUGCAAGGCCCAGAUGGAAGCGUUCGUCGAAUGCUCCAAGACGCGCACGAUAUCGAUGCUCUGGGGCUGUAGUGGGGAGAAGAAGGCGCUGAGCGAGUGUCUGCGAGUAUAUACGAGCGAGGAAGCGAUCGAAAGGGAGAAGCAGGCCUUUUUGGCCCAACCAAGACCGGGAGAUGGAUCCGGAUCAAAGGCCGUAUGA